GUCAUCCAUGCACGAACAGAAAAGGGAGGGGAAGAAAAAAAGGAAGCUUUCCCGAUAGGUCUCGUUGUGUAUAAAGUUCCACAAAACUUUUUCCCGACUCGGGCCCUGGAGGGGAUUGCAAUGCCGAGGGGGCAGAUCUGAAGACUCCCAACAUGUCCUCUAACCUGGACUCCAGUCUCACCAGCAUUGACUGGCUGCCGCAACUGGGAAUCAGCAGCCUGCGCUCAGGUAGAGAACGAGGAGGAGAGAGGGAGAGGAGGAGGGAAAGAGUGGGGGAGAAAGGGGACUCCCAGCAGGACAACCCCAAAGGUAAACCCCCGCAUAGCUACUCCACACUCAUCGCCAUGGCUAUCACAGCCGCGCCGAAGAGGAAGUUGAGCCUGAAUGACAUCUACACAUGGAUCAGUGACACAUUUCCUUACUAUAGCCGGACAGGACGGGGAUGGAAGAACUCCAUUCGCCAUAAUCUAUCCCUCAAUAAGUGCUUCAGGAAAGUUCCGCGUCCUCACAACAACCCUGGAAAGGGCUCCUAUUGGACUAUGGACGGCCCUGCAGAGUUGAAUCAAGUCAGGGCGCCCAAACGACCCUAUCCAGAGGAGGAACGGGAAAGACUGAAUCAAGUCCCAGCAAGGGACCCAUCACCUCAUUCAGUGUUCCACAAAGAAAGCAGUAUACAGUCACUGCAGCAGCCACCACGCUCUCGGUCACCCUCGCCACCUCCUUGCAAGCAACCCUACACACCAGCGCUCACGUCCCCAAUCAAUACUUCCCCAAGACCGGACCCCACUCUUCCUAUUCCACCAUUUUCUGCAGCUAUAUCCCGUCCAACAUUCUGUGCCCACUCUGGAGCGGAAUGCGCUCUUACUUCCUCGUCUACUCACUUGACCCCCUCGGCUCUCACUUUUUCUUCCCCUUUUCCUAUACCCGUGGCCACCCCUUCCUCAGCAGGGUCGGGACCCCCCACGGCGGACCCCCCGCUGCGAUUCACCUUUGACGAGAUGAAUUUACCGGACUUGUACGCGUCCUUUAAGUCUCUCUUCAAGAGUAUGCGGGAGAGAGGAGGUUCACAAACUGAUUGUGCUCCCGCAGCCAUGGCUAGCAACGACAUCACCCCACUGCACACCCCAGUUCUCCUGCCCAUGUCUCCCCACCUUGCAACACAACCACCCGCUGCAGUGACACCACUUGCACCACCAAGCGACACAGUUCGGGUUACACAACACAUGGUUCCAACAGACUGGUUUACGAGCACAGAUUCACUGAAGGAGAGCUUCCGCAUUGCCAGCAAUCUUGACUGGGCCAACAUUGACCUAACUGGUCACCCAGACCUGCUGGAAAGCAUGCGCCAAGCGGAGCUAUGCGACUGGGCCUUGGACCCGGCGCUCUUCACUUCCCUGUGCGAUUCCCUCAACCGCUUCUUUGCACAGAAAGGCAUGCUGACCUCGGGCAGCCACUCCCCGCUGGCCCCGGGCGGACAUCACCCGACACAGGCGCUAACUUUCAACGUCAACAGCCCGCAUCUCGCAGCCCAUCCAUCAUUCCACUACGGCUCCACCAAUGGUGCGACGCCGUUGCUUCGCAGGCCUCUUCACGUGCAGGGCCACAACAGUCAUAGGCCCACACAGACGCAGCCUGCAAACACAACUGCCAGUGCACAGCCUCAAGGGACAACGCCCCGACCGCGUCCUCCUUUUAAAAGUCUCCACAGCAACAGCGAGGAGUUCCAGGAUGAUUUUGACUGGGACUCUCUACUAGUCUGAAGAACUUGGCGUGAGCAACCAGAGAACAACUGUUUAUCUUCUCAUUAGGCUUCUCCCAAAGUAUGAUUUUCACAUUUUUACCAGUUUCGCUCUGCCGGACUGCUUCUUGCCUCAUAUAUUCCGCGGAUAAUCACCAGGAAGUGUUCUUGCUUUGAAUUUAAAAAGCUAUUGGAUCAAGGAAAAUAAAAUAUACAUUUAUUUUUGUCACAUUAUUGUACUCUGCAGCAGUAAAAAUUGCAAAUAGGAUAAAGACAUUAAAGUACAGCACAAGCAUGAAACCAGCCAUAUCCCCUCAUCCUGUUUGCCCCCCCAAUAAAAUCUCAUAAAUUUCUUUUGUCAAAUGUGAAUGUUCACAGUCAACAGCACACAAUUACCCGCUAUAAGAUUAGUUUUUCCUUCUUCUUGUCGAUAUAAAAUGUGUAAAUUAAAAGAACAGCAUUGGCGCACAUUGUCAAGUCUCUCAUGUUUGUCUUUUUCACACUCAUUCAUCAUUGUCUAUUCACAACAGCAACGUGGGGCGAAACAAAAGGACGUACAAACGUGGUUGAAAUGGUGUGGAUUAUCAAAAAUGAAUUCCCAUUGGCAGCCAAAAUGUGCGACCCUUAGAAAUACCUUGAAAUUCCAAGAUUGCAGAGUAGUAAUACAGGUUAGUCUUUCAAAACAAAACGAUAGGAUGCAAAUGUCUUCUCGUGAGUCACUGAAACAAGACAGAACACAAGAAAAGAACGACAUCUUGAAAUACGUACACAGAAAGGCAUUGGAAAUAUUUCAGACUUGCACGAAUAAGUUUUCGCCACCGUCGCGUUACUUUUCUCAUACAUGAGUCAGAUCAGUCGAAGCGCCGAUUCGGCUUCCACAGCAAAUAGGAAAUAAGGAAAAUAAGCAUUUGAUUUAUUUAUAUAUGGCGUGAUCACAUUAGAUUUUUCUUAAUUCUUCCCAAAAGUGGAUAAAAAUACAAUAAAUUAAUCUUAAAUUAAUUAAAAUGAUUCGACCACAUUGUACCUGAAAUGUUGAUUUUUUUUUUCUCCUCAGUCCAUGUGAAGUUGGUUAAAAAAAAUCAUUCUUCAUGCACACGUAUCUUCUACCAGGUUCAGUGUUAGUCUUCGGCGGCUGCAAAUGUUAGACAUGAGUGUCACGCGGAACAUGAAGACGACUAAAUAAAUAUUUUUUUAAUAACCCCUCUGGAAAUGAACGUGGUGUAAAUGAGUCGUCUGUGAAAUGCUUUUGGACAAACGGAAAGGAGGUUUUCUUUUGUGGACAUUUGUGGAUGUUAAAAAGGGAGCAGCAGGUUGAGACGAAGAGGUUUUAAAACGGAAGGGUGGCGACUCGUCCUCAAAGAAGAAAGGGAUUAGUGCUGGCUCCUGUCGUUCCUGCGCCUCCCACCGCGCCGCCUGUGCCCAUCACUGCACCCGCCCUACCAGGCCCGCCCAAAAUCAGCUGAGGGGGAGCCACCGCUCCGGGACCUAGCAUAGCGGAACCCGGCGGCGCCAUCGGGGAGAGCCCGCUGUAGCUCAUGGCCACGGGGCCGGCC